CACUGUAGCUAAAACACACGAAUUAGAAGCGGAACAGCCAGUGCGGUAUCAAACUGGCGUGCUAAGCAACAUAAAACGAAUUGUUUUUGAAUAAUAAUCUAUAUUUAUACAGCAAAAAUGCCGGAUUUGGCAGUAGAAAGGGUUGUUGUUCAUCCUUUGGUGCUGCUGAGUGUUGUGGAUCAUUUCAACAGGAUUGGUAAAGUUGGAAGCCAAAAGCGAGUUGUGGGUGUCCUGCUGGGCUCAUGGCAUAAAAAAGUGCUUGAUGUGUCCAACAGUUUUGCUGUACCUUUUGAUGAGGAUGACAAGGAUGAUUCGGUGUGGUUCCUCGACCACGACUACCUGGAAAACAUGUAUGGCAUGUUCAAGAAAGUCAAUGCGAGGGAGCGAAUAGUUGGUUGGUACCACACAGGCCCAAAGCUGCACAAGAAUGACAUUGCCAUAAAUGAGCUCAUGAAACAGUACUGCUCGAAUUCGGUUUUAGUCAUCAUUGAUGUGAAACCCAAAGACCUGGGUUUACCGACAGAAGCUUACAUCUCAGUGGAGGAAGUGCAUGAUGAUGGAACUCCAACAUCUAAGACAUUUGAACACGUGACCAGUGAGAUUGGAGCAGAAGAGGCAGAGGAAGUGGGUGUCGAACAUUUGUUGCGGGAUAUCAAAGACACAACAGUCGGCACCUUGUCGCAACGCAUCACCAAUCAAGUGCAUGGCCUAAAAGGCCUGAACUCCAAGCUGUUAGACAUCAAGACUUACCUGGAGAAGGUUGCAACAGGCAAGCUGCCCAUCAAUCACCAGAUUAUUUACCAGCUUCAGGACGUCUUCAAUCUCCUGCCCGAUGUCAACCUGCAGGAAUUCGUCAAGGCCUUUUACCUCAAGACCAACGACCAGAUGCUCGUGGUCUAUCUGGCCUCGCUCAUCCGCUCCGUCGUGGCGCUCCAUAAUCUCAUCAAUAACAAAAUCGCUAACCGUGACGCGGAAAAGGAGGGACAAGAAAAAGAUGACAGCAAGAAAGAGAAGAAGGACGAGAAGGAUAAAGAUAAAGACAAGGAGAAGGGAGAUGCCUCAGCCAAGAAAGAUGACAAGAAGGAGAAGAAAUGAAACUGGGUCGACAUGAACUUGAGAUUGCGCAAUCUUGGCUGAUUAUGGGAGGAGUUAUGCGUUUCUUUUGUCCACUUGUAACCACCUGCAAGUUUAACUGGUCAUUGUAUCUGUCAUAAUUCAUGUAUUGAUUAAAAAAGCGGAAGAGUUUGGUUAAAAUUUUUCUCUUUUUUUGAUGUUACAGGCCUGAACUAUCUACAAUACUUUAUUUUGACCAUUAUAAUAUUAAGACAGGUGACAAGUGAUACAACACAGUCCAACUUCAGCUACAUUGUAUUUAGAUUUGUGAAAUUCCUUUUGUAUCAUUAUAAAAACAAUGCUAAACAAG